UACAUCUUUAUGUUUCUCUCGUUCCUCUCUCGAUCUCAAUUCUAAACACAAACAACGCCAACGGAAUCAAAUCACAUGUGCUCCUGUAGUAGUAUAAGACGAGACAAGCAAGGAGAACAUCAAUCACGAGAGAGAGAGAGACCUAGUCGCUUCUCUCUCCUCUUGCGUAGCGUAGGGAUGGAGAGCUCCAACGGCAAGCCGCCGCAGGGAGAGGAGCAAGGGAAGGGGAAGGCGGCGGGGUCGAUCGGAGGCUACCAAUCGCUGCACAGGCUCCUCCAGUCCAACCUCUCCCCCGACCUCUUCAAGCUCUGGCGGCCGCUUAGCCGCCCUCCGGACCGGGAUGCCAUCGACAGACUCCUCUCCGACCUUCGUUCGUUGGCCUUCCGCCUGGCUCCGCCGCUCCCGCCGCCUCCCCCGGAGCCCGACUAGAGGCGUCUCUCUCCCGGCGUGUGUGCCGCUUUUUGUGUGUGUGUUGGGCUUGUUGAGCUGUGCCCUCAACACUAACCCUUGAUGCUUGUUUGUUCCUGGACUGUGUGUGUGUGUGUGAACCUUGGUGUUGUGAACCUUGUGGAUGUUGGCUUUGGCAUUGGCUUUAUCUAUAAA